ACCCGCUUAAACAUUUUUUUACCCUGAUUUAUUAAUAUACGUGAGGGUUGUGUGUGCGUGUGUAUAAUUUUACCGCUCGCUAGCAUUUUAAAUUAAAAUCAACAGUUUGAAUUCGUGUCAUUUUGUACAAUUUCAAUAAACUACAAGCAAAAAGAAAGCUGUGGAGGGGUGAAAUUUAACAUAACUAAUACAACGAGGUUAAAUAAAUUAUUUAAUUAAGGAAAUAUUUGUUUUAAACAAAAAAAAAACACCAAGUUAUCCAUAAAUUCAGGAAAUUGUAACAUUUCCUAUUUAAGAGACAAGUUUCUUGCUUUUUUCGUUUAUAUCAAUUUAUUGUAUGAGUCAAAAAACUGAAAGACCAGUACUAUCAGGUCAGCGCAUCAAGACCAGAAAAAGAGAUGAAAGAGAAAAAUAUGACCCAACGGGAUUCCGUGAUGCGGUCAUUGCUGGUCUCGAAACAACUGAAGGUGACUUAGAAAAAAUCUCUAAAUAUUUAGAUAUCGCUGGUAAUAAACUUGAUUAUCGCCGUUACGGCGAAGUACUAUUUGACAUAUUAAUUGCUGGUGGUCUCUUAGUUCCUGGUGGUUCAAUCUCACAGGAUGGCGAGAAGCCACGCACAAAUUUUUGUAUAUUCGAAGCCCCCGAAGAUAUGGAAGCAAUGCGUAACCAUGAGCAGGUAUUCAUCAAGCUCAUGCGUCGAUAUAAGUACUUGGAGAAGAUGUUCGAGGAGGAAAUGAAGAAAGUAUUAGUCUUCAUUAAAGGUUUUACUCCAAGCGAACGCAUUAAACUUGCGCGUAUGACAGCGCUAUGGUUAGUUAAUGGUUCGGUGCCACCCACUGUUUUAUUGGUACUCAAUAAUGAACAUUUAAUAAAGGAUGGUAUUGCUCUUGAUUUUUUGGUUGAACUAUUUGUCACCUUUAAACAGGAGAAGGGUAUUGCUUCCCUUAUACAAACACUUAAGAAGGGUGGUUUAGAAAGCAAACUUAUGGACUUUUUCCCACCAAACAAACGUACUGAAGAGAAUUUUAAACAAGUUUUCCUUGACAAGGAACUCACUGAAAUUAUUAAAUUGCAUAAAGCCCAAGCCAGUCAAGAGGCUAAACGUGAAUUGCAACAAACCCUUAUUGAUGAUAUUAACGAUGAGAAACCACACUCAGAAAUCAAUGCAGACAUUAAAGAAUUUGCCGCUAAAUCCAACAUUCCGGAAAACGAAAUUAUCGUCAUUAUAUGGUCGACCAUUAUGUCGCUAGGCGAAUGGAACAAGAAAGAGGAAUUGGUUACCGAUCAAGCUGUACGCCAUUUGAAAAACUAUUGCCCUCUAUUCCAGGCCUUUACCGGCACCGAUCGUGCAGAAUUAUCAUUGAUCUUGAAAGUUCAAGAAUUCUGUUAUGAGAAUAUGAACUUUAUGAAAGCUUUCCAGAAGAUCAUAUUAUUGUUUUACAAAACUGAAAUUCUAUCGGAAGUGGUUAUCAUGCGUUGGUACAAAGAUGCCCAUUCUAGCAAGGGUAAAAUGCAUUUCCUUGAACAAAUGAAGAAAUUUGUUGAAUGGCUACAAAAUGCCGAAGAAGAAUCUGAAUCUGAGGAUGAACAAAAGAAUGGAGAAUAACAAGAUAUGGCUGAGAAAGUUCCAAACAUUGCCAGCGAUAUCUUUGCAAGAAGCAUGAACAUAGAUUAAACAAAAAAAUAUUCAAAUUCAUCUCUCCAAUUUUGUAAGCAUCUUUAAGAAUAAAACUCUACCACCACAACCACCAGCUAAUAUCAACAACAACAACUAUAAUAAAUAAUCUCUCAAUUUUAUAUGAAAUUAAAGAAAAAAAUAAUUCAAAAAAAUUACCAGCAAGUCACCAAGUUAAAAAAAGUUAAUGACAAACAAAACAACCAACAACCAUGUAUUAUUGUAUGAAACAAAAGAACAAAAAAAAAACAACUAAAUGAAACUUAAAUUUAAUACAAAAUUUUGACGGCAGUAAAUAAAAUUGACAUAAAUAUAAAACAAAACAACAACAA